AUGGACUUAUAUCACUAUCUCUUUAAAUUCAUAAUUGUUGGAGAUACAAGUGUUGGAAAGAGUUGUCUUUUGCUCAAUUACACGGAAGGGAAAUUUAAAGAGGAACAUGAUGCUACCAUUGGAGUAGAAUUUGGCUCUUAAGGAUUCAAACACAAGAACAAGCAAUUCAAAAUAUAAAUCUGGGACACUGCUGGUUAAGAAUCCUUUAGGUCAAUCACGCGAUCAUAUUACAAGGGUUCAAUAGGGGUUUUACUAGUUUUCGACAUUACAAAUCGAUAGUCAUUCCAUAAUAUCGUUAGAUGGUAUAAUGAAAUAUUGGAUUGCGCUCAUGAAUCCGUGGAUAUAGUAAUUGUUGGCAAUAAAAUCGACCUGGAGAGCGAACGCUAAGUUUCGGCAGAUGAAGGGAAACAAUUUGCAGAAUAAUAUAGGAUACACUAUAUUGAGACAUCAGCCAAAACUGGACAGUUUGUUGACUAGGUGUUUUAAUAAAUGGCUAUGCGAAUCCAUGACAAGAUAGAAAAUAAAUUAAUCGAUCAGAACAAUGAAAAUUUAGGUAUUAAAUUAGGCACAUUUUACAGAAAUGAUGAAGAAGAUGAUAAAGAAUUGUAAACAAGUUUAGGAUAAAAGAAAAAGAAAAAAAAUGAUGAUUGUUGUUGA